GCUGUCUUUCUUGCACUUGUGCGUUCUAACGUAUUAAACAGUGACGAUUAUGUGUUUGUGUGUCCCAAAAUAGAAAAAAAUUCCUGUCAUCUGUUUUUAUAAUUAAACGUCAAAUUGAGCCAAACAAAUAAGUGAUUUCAGUUCGAUUUCAAAUGAGAAUUGUUUUCAUUUCUUCUUAAAAAUGAAUUAACCUUUUGGAUGAACGUACAAAGCCGUCGUUUUCCUACCAUUUCGAACGCGUAACGUAAAUUUUGCGGGAUCAAUACUUGGGCUAGUUGCAAUGGGAAACGAAGAUACUGGGGAGUGUUCGCAACAGGGCGAUAAUUGCGAGUUUGGUAGGCCGUUAAAGAAAGCCAAAUACGUGUGGCAAGUGAAGGGGAAAUACCACCUUAAAGCUAGUUACCAGAACAAAUCGGAGCCUUCUGUGGAUGAAGAUGAGGAGAAACGUCCUUGUGAAUGCGCUCAGCAUAAGGCAUCAGAAGAGAGAAAAUGUAUUGAUAAUUUCCUUGCCAAAUCUGAGUCGUUCUUUGACAGUGAUGAGGAAGAAGAAGUCUCAAAAAACAUUGACAAAUCCAUAUCAAAUGAAAUACCUAUUACUUUAGUAUCACCGUAUCCCAAAAACCAGGACUAUUUUUUGCGAAAAUGGCAAGCGAGACAAAUCGCGCGUGGUUACAUUGAAAACACGAUAAACAGCGUUUUGGAGACUUGGGGCUCUGCCCCCUUCGAUGCUGAAGAUUUUGUCGAAAAUUGCGAUGAAGAUGGACAUAUUGAAGAUGAAGGAAUUUUAGUGGCAAUUCAAGCACAUGGGCUACAAUCCAACUUGCCAAAAAAAGAGAACUCUUUGUCUGAACUCGCAGAAAAUGCUUUAGAAAAGAUUGACACAGUCAGGAGUCAAAUUCUGAGACAGGAGUUAGGUCUGGAACCACCUCCAGAGUGCAAUCCGACAAAAGAUUGUGAAUCUGAAGACUUGAGUGUUGAAUACAAUGUGGUGGAUAUCUUGAAUUCUGCAAUUCUAGUUGCCAUUGAAAAAAAGGGGCUGUCGUCUAACAAUGAUUAAACUCGAGCAAAGACUGUUUUUUUCUAUUAUAAAUUUUGUAUGUAUUUGUAAGAAUUAUUUUGUGUUAUUACUAGAAUUUUUAUUUCCUCAUUUUAUCAUCACAUGAAUAAAAGUACCUUGAAAGUU